AUGUCACUUUUAUGCGCAUAUAGCGACAGUGAAGGUGAAGAAGAAGAAGAAGAAGAAAAAAAAAUCAACAUUAAGGGAGAUAAUGAAAAUUUUAAACAAGAAAAAGAAGAAGCAGAUGAAGAUGAUAAAUUAUCAAUUUUAAAAGUUACUGAAAAACCAUAUGGAUUAUUAGUUACUGAAGAAACAACAUCUAUUGAUGAAACUGGUAAAGGUGAAGAUUAUAAUUAUAAAGAUGAAGAUCAAAAUGAUAAUAGUAACAACAACAAUAAUCAUAGUAAUAGUAAUAAUAGUAACAAUGAAAAUAAUGAUGAAAUGUCAUAUCAAAUAGCAGAUACAGAAAGUGAUAAAUUAAAUCAUUGUCAUACAAUAAUUCAUACAAUAAUAGAGAAUAAAGAAUAUCAACCUAAAGAACUACAAGAACCUGACACACCAUCUAGAUUACAAUCACCAGCAUAUGUAUCAACACCACCACAUUCAAAAGAUCCAUACUUUCAUAACCUUUCACCAAAAAUUUCAAUAAUAACGGCAGAUACAAUUUUAAAAAGUAAAAUAAAACAAAAUAUUGAUACUUCAUUUAUCCCAGAAGCACCAAAAGAUAGUCAAGUUGAUUUUGGACUUAAAGAGAAAAUCAUUAGAUAUCAUAAAAUGAAACAAGAUGGUAUAAGUAUAAAUCAAGCAUUAAGAAACUCUUCAUCAUUUAAAAAUCCCUCAGUAAUUGAAAAGUUAAUAUCAUUUUGUGAAAUCGAUGAAUUAGGUUCAAAUUAUCCUCUCUCACAAUUUAAUCCCCAUUCCUACCCUCUUGAUGAUUAUUAUAAACCAUUAAAUGAGAAACAAAGGAAAAUGGAUGAAAAAAGAGAAUUUGAAAGAAUUAAUAGAAUGAAAAUAGAUUUUGUACAAAGUGAAAUAAAUAAUAAUAAUAAUAGUAUUAAUAAUAAUAAUAUUAAUAGUAAUAAUAAUAAUAAUAAUAUAGCGAAUCCUACACCCUCUAUUCCAACCAAUACAGCACCAAAAAAAAAAUAUAAUAAAUGGGAAAAGGAAAAGCACAAGCAAAAACAAUUACAACAACAAAAAUCAAAAGCAACCUUUAUAUCAGCCGCCCCCUCAAUAGCGGAAAAUCCAACUCCAACUAAUACCACAACAACUUCAGUUAUAAAUAAAAGUGAAAGUUUGAUGAAACGAUUUAGGACAAAUGGUUUCUAA